UGUUCGGGAGGAGCCAGUCGUUCGAGCGGUGGGCGCCUCGAGACGACGGUGGCAUUGGAUACCGGGUCUGCGCCACGACUUUGACACGAGUGGUCGUGGAUUGGCAAGGUGCCAAGUUCGACGUGCGCAACUCCCGAGUGAAGAGUGUACGGCUCUGGUCGCGUCCAUAAACAGCGAGCGGUGGUGCCUGGACCACGGUCACCAUCAAAACACCGGAGGAGCUGCAUAACCGGGUGUUCGGCCAACAAAGCCGGUGAGACUCGGCCACGGAGAAAGAGGCCACUUGCUUAAGUGUCAGUUUUUUUUUAGACGUGGUGUCGCUCUUGUUUACGGAGGACAGUGACAACUCUAAAUCACGUGACCGUCAACUGUCAUCGCUUUCGAAGGGUCAUCAACGCCGUUGUGUAGUUUCUACCUCAUCGAAAAGCCCGCACUGACGCCUAUAUUGGGCUACAGGCUCGAGGAAGUUCAUGCGUGAGACUACGCUGGUGCGACGCUAAGGCUGGCCCCGCUUCGUCUUUCUUGGCAUUGUGAGAGUGCAUCUCACUGAAGACAGCAGCAGGUGCAGCUAAAGCCGCCGAAUCGCUCGGUCGCGUGUAAACCGGGGACGCAUCGCAAGGGAAUAAGCGCUGCCGCGCGCACCAUGAUGGACACUUUAUCCAACGACCCAGAAGACGGUUCCUUGCAGAAAAAGAAAGCCAAGAAAUUCAGGCUGUUCGGCAAGAAGAAGUCUCAACCCGCGCAGCUGGACCCAAACUGCCCCCAGUGCAACCCGCACCUUCUGGUAGCCCUCGAGCAGCAGCAGAGGCAGCAACAGCUCUACCUGCAGCAGCAACAGCAGUUGCAGUACCACCACCAGCUCCAGCAGCAACAGCAGCAGAUGCUAGCCAGGGCCAAGGCGGAGGCGAGCGCGGCGGGCAGGGGGCAAGGCCGUCGAGCGAUGGACGACAGUCCGGGCGCCAUCGUCGAGGACUAUGGCGACGACGAUGACGACGAUGAAAUCAAGGUGGUCGCCUCGUCGUCGACCGCGCGAGAGGGAGGCGCCGCUGCCGCGGGCGGCGCUCGGGUGGCGUGCGACUGCCACAGAUGCCAACAGGAGCGCUCCGAGAGGCAGCUCACCGUCGAGCUUCUGCCGAUGGACACGCAGGUGCCGCUGCAGAACAUGAUGCAGGACGCUGCCGUGUUUUGCUCCCUGCUUUAAAGAACAGACACCGCCCCCUCCCGUGGCAUUUUUGCGGUGCUGCCCUCGCCGUUAUACCCCGCGUGUCAUGUGUGUAUGUGCGUGUGUGCCACUGUAGUCUGAUAUGGCCCCAGUUUUGUAUAUCACACUCGUGUAAGCGUGUACAGACACGCUGUGGUUUCUAUUACGUCGACACCGAGCACAGUUUCAUCGUUUCGAUGCGUACCAACUGUUCGCGUGCAUGGUUGCAUCAGUCAUUCAAGCUUUCUGGUGUCGGUUUUCGGUGCGCCCGCAGAAAGUGCAUGAAACUUUUUCCAUGAUCUAACAUUCAAUGGGCGCUUGAAGGUCCGGUCAGUAAAAAAAAAAAAAAAAAAGAGCUGGACGUUACAGCUGUGCACGCACCGGGAUUCUUUUGUGCACUUGGGAUUUACGAUAAAUACCACUUAAAUGAACACUAAAGGACAAAAAUAUUAAAUCAAGCUAGAUUUUUUUUAAUUAGACGUUUGUAAAAGCGAAUUUGUCUUUCGUAGCGAGAACAGAGCUUUUGUAAGCGACAAAAUGACGACAAUACCAAAAACGGAGUGGUGCCGCCUGUUGUGGAAUGUAGUACCAUUUAUGUGAUAUCAGCACUUCCUGACUCAUGUAGAGCGGUAUAGAGGGAGGUCACGGCGUGACCACGUCAACUCGUCCGUUUUUGUGCGGGCUGUUCAAAUUGAGGAGCAGUAGCGAGACCUUCGGCGUCAAUUUUGUACGCCACAAAGUGACAUAUUGGCGCACGCAAGACAAUAAUAGACUUCUACAGGAAUCAUCUAUUGGUCUAGCUGGGCGUAAUAUUCUUUCUUUAGUGUUCCAUUAAAUAUAAAGCCGACGGUUCACGUUGACGUUCUGUUGCCAUGAGAGCUACGAGUACUGGCUGUUCCAAUUUACCAUGUUGCGCGGUCGACUUUGAAGACACGCUACCUGCGCAGACGCUCCGACAGUCACAUGUGAUCUUUUGACGGCCUGUACCAGCUGACCGUGGUAAAGGUCCAUGGAGACUGCGCCCGCGUGGCUGCAAUUCUGCUGUGGUGCACGCAGAUACGGGUGCGAACAAUAGAUACACCAUCAUUAUAAUGAAGAAAGCAGCGUUGCCCAGACAAAAGAUAGAGCACGAGGUCGCGGGAUCGAAUCCCGGCCACGGCGGCCGCAUUUCGAUGGGGUCGAAAUUCGAAAACACCCGUGUACUUAGAUUUAGGUGCACGUUAAA